AUGGCGACCAAUUUCAGCCUGACCAAUCACACCCCAAUGACUGUAGGGCAAGAAGAUGAUGAGUUGUAUUACACUCAAAUUUAUGAGUACGUUGAACAAAGGAUUUUCUUCGUCUUUCUUAUUUUUGUCAAUGUUUUUGGAUUUCUGGGGAAUGUCAUUGUCAUCUGGCUUCUCGGCUUCCGCAUCAAGAGGAAUUCUUUCACCAUCUACAUCCUGAACUUGGCUGUGGCUGACAUCGGAGUCCUCUUCUCGAUGGUGAUAUUUUUUGCUGUGGGAAAUUUCACUUCAACGCCCAUCUACGAGGAGCUCAUUAUAUUCAUGUACAGCACUGGCCAGUUUCUGCUAACCGCCAUCAGCAUUGACCGUUGUGUGUGUGUCCUCUUCCCAUUGUGGCAUCAAGUCCACCGACCGGCUCACUUGUCCACCACGGUGUGUGCCGUCAUCUGGGUCCUCGUCUUCCUGCUUAAUGCCAUUCACUUUCUGAUUCUCCAGAUUAGAAACCCGGAAAGGAAUGAGCGCCUCAUGUUCUUCCAGUUUUUUGUCAAUGCCCUGCUUUGCGUCCCAUUCAUGAUCAUCUCCGCUCUGACCCUGUUCUUCAAAAUAUUUCUAAAACCACAACAGCGGCGGCGAGGGAAGCUUUUAACGGCCAUCUUUGUCACUCUCCUCUUUUUCCUCAUCUUUGCUUUCCCGCUGAAUGCCAUUUAUUUGCUCUCUAGUUUGACCCAAGAACCUCUUUCCACUUCUAUGCGGUACGGAUUGUUAUGUGCCUCGCUCAACAGCAGUGUUAAUCCGCUGAUUUAUUUCCUCGUUGGGAGAAGGAAGAAGAAACAGCCCAGGGGGGGCAUGAAGCUUAUCCUUCAGAGAAUGUUUGAAGAGGAAUAA